AUCUUUCCAUCUCUGUCUCUAUCUCGUCGACAUGGAAAAAGACAAAAAUCUAACGGAGACCCUUCUACCUGCGGCGGAAGAACGACCUCAUCUUCCUUUCUCAUCCGUAGAAGAUAUUUCUCCGAUCACCACCGUUCGUGGCUUCCUCAGGGAGUUUAACGUGGAGGUCAAAAAGCUAUGGUACUUGGCCGGGCCAGCUAUUUUCAUGUCGAUAACUCAGUAUUCUCUUGGUGCUGCUACUCAGGUCUUCGCCGGACACAUCAGCACCAUCGCUCUCGCCGCCGUCUCCGUCGAAAACUCGGUCAUCGCCGGGUUCUCAUUUGGCGUCAUGCUUGGAAUGGGAAGCGCGUUAGAAACGCUAUGUGGACAAGCGUUUGGAGCAGGGAAAUUGUCAAUGCUUGGCGUUUACUUGCAACGAUCAUGGGUGAUACUAAACGUGACGGCGAUUUUACUCUCUCUCCUUUACAUUUUCGCCGCUCCAAUCCUCGCGUUCAUCGGCCAGACGCCGGCGAUCUCUAGCGCCACGGGAAUAUUUUCCAUCUACAUGAUCCCUCAAAUCUUUGCUUACGCCGUUAAUUACCCAACCGCUAAAUUCUUGCAAUCACAAAGCAAAAUCAUGGUCAUGGCUGCGAUAUCAGCGGUUGCACUUGUUCUACACGUGCUCCUCACGUGGUUUGUCAUUGAGGGGCUCCAGUGGGGCACGGCGGGUCUAGCCGUCGUGCUUAACGCCUCGUGGUGGUUCAUUGUCGUGGCACAGCUCGUGUACAUAUUUAGUGGCACAUGUGGUGAAGCUUGGUCUGGAUUCUCGUGGGAAGCUUUCCAUAAUUUGUGGAGUUUCGUUAGAUUAUCUUUGGCUUCUGCUGUUAUGCUUUGUUUGGAGGUGUGGUAUCUCAUGGCAGUCAUAUUAUUUGCUGGAUAUUUGAAGAAUGCUGAGAUCUCCGUAGCCGCUCUCUCCAUCUGCAUGAACAUUUUGGGAUGGACUGCAAUGAUUGCUAUUGGGAUGAACGCAGCCAUAAGUGUGAGAGUGUCUAAUGAAUUAGGAGCAAAGCAUCCAAGAACCGCGAAAUUUUCACUACUAGUGGCAGUGAUAACAUCGACACUGCUCGGACUUGCUAUAUCAAUUGCUCUACUCAUCUUUAGAGAUCAAUAUCCAUCGCUUUUUGUGGGAGACGAAGAAGUCAUCAUUGUUGUUAAAGAUCUUACACCACUACUUGCACUCUCCAUUGUCAUCAACAAUGUCCAACCUGUCUUAUCAGGGGUAGCUGUGGGAGCUGGAUGGCAAGCAGUCGUGGCGUACGUUAACAUAGUCUGCUAUUACGUGUUUGGAAUCCCAUUUGGUCUGUUACUAGGAUACAAGCUUAACUUUGGUGUAAUGGGAAUUUGGUGCGGAAUGUUGACGGGAACCGUGGUUCAGACAAUAGUCUUAACAUGGAUGAUCUGCAGAACAAAUUGGGACACAGAGGCUGCAAUGGCUGAGGGUAGGAUAAGAAAGUGGGGAGGAGAAGGAUCAGAGCAACUCUUAAACUAAAAAGACAUUAUAAGAAGUGAUAUUUUUAGUGUUUCAUUGACCUCAUUUGUAUUCAUGUUGAAUCUUUUGUUGCAUCAAAGUUUGUUUUUGUGCCUUUUUGGUUGUAUCUUGAGUCUUGUCCAUGUUUAAAGAUGAUAUGCUGGAAAUAUACGUUUAUGGACUUG